AAUUGUACAAUGGGACAUUUUACUUUUGCUGAUUCUUGCAGCUGAUUUCUUUGAAAUCUGACCAUUUUGAGAUCUUUUAUUUUUAAGAUGAUGUGGUGACCUAUGAAUCAUUCAGGCAUAAGAUAAGUAUUGUUUUAUAAUUGAAAAUGUAAGAAAGAACAAUUUUACUUUACACAUAUAAUAUUAGGUAUAUUAGUUUGUCUCACCUGCAAUGGUGUAUUAGCAAGUGCUAAUGAUAUGAUUCUAUGUGCUGGAAAGUAUAAGGCUAGACAGCAUGGUUACAAAAUACCCUCCAAAGGCCUAAGAAGAACUGUGGUAGUUUUGGGUACCUGAGGUGAUUUUGUAAUACACAUCUAUUUUGUUUAGUCAAAAUCUGACUCAACAUUACUUAGAAAAUGUGCCAGAUAGAAAUAUUAACAAAACAAAUAUUUGUAUCCAAUGCAUAAUUUCUUGUGAUGCGCUGUUGUCCUUCAGUUCAUCACUAUUGUGACCCACAAAAUGGUGCCCAUAGCUUUGUGAUUCUCAGACUAGUGCCAGUAGGGGUCGCCAAAUCGACACAAACCAACUGCAAGUGUUGGGAAAGACACACUACCACCUUUAAGGGGCAUGCUGCACUAAUCAUGUACCCUCUACACAUGAACACUUACACCUGAUGGUGUGUGUUCAGUACUCUGCAGCAUUUUAUCCCCCACAUACAUUCACAGAGCGAUCGUUUCUAUACCUCCUGGUCCCAGUCAUCCUAUCCCACUGCUUUAAUUAUGCACACUCAGAAGGCCCCCCUGUCUGAGGUUUGGAUCCAGUUGAUGCUGCUCACUGGCUUUAUUGGUUAUUGGCUUCUACAAGGUAACAAGCGAGACAUGUGUGUUUUCUUCUCUUGUGUUUUUAGUUGAAUUUUUCUUUUGUUAGUUUAAGUUUUGUGUGCUGUUGGCAUCCUCAUUACGCUGCAGGGGAGCAAAAUGUAAGUGUGAGUAGAGUUUUGCUUAUAAUUAUCAGUGGAAUGUUUAUAACAUUGUUUAUCUUUUUGAAUUUUGGAUCAAUUAAAAGUGAGACAUUUCUAAAAAUAGUUACCUAAGUGGCCAUUUAAAGAGAUUUCUUUAAGAUAAAUAUACUCAAUGUAAAGUAGUUUUUCUAAUUAUUCUGCUUUAUUAAUCUAUGUAAAACAGAAAACCUGCACUAAGAAAUUAAAUUAAAUUACAUGAAGCGCUAAAACUAUAAUGCACACAGCUGCCAGAAUAAUGCAGUUCAAUAUGUGAAUAAAUCAAAACAUUUCUUGAAAAAGAUAAGAUGUUUGGAUUCAGUAUUCAAAGCAGUGUCUCAAUUGCUCCAACAGGCUUUCUCCUGCACUCUGCUGGGGGCUACUGCAUCCACUGUCCAGGCUCCAGUUUCACCACUUCCUGUCUCAGUUUCAAGCACUACAGUUUAUGUCUUUACAUUAACUCAGUGUGUGUUUGCUAUUAGACAAUAUUUAUCUCCUGGCUGAUUGUUGUGAAGCUGUGUCACAUUUCUGCAGCAUUUCCUUAUUUGCCUGUUAUAUUGGUCUCUUUUGUCUUUUCAACAGAGGGGCUGCUCCUUCUUGGAUCUGCCAGAGUGUGAGAUAGGAGAAGAAGAAUGGAGAACAAUAAGCCAGUGAAGGAGGUUCUCCCCCUGCCUCGCCACCCCACCCCACUCCCUGUGACCUCCACCUCUCCGACCCCUGCUGCCUCCUCGAAAAAACACACUACAGGGUCCAUCCAGCAGGUUCAACUGGCCUCCUCAGUGGUGACAUCCUUCAAUCACCUGAGGCCUCCAGAGAGAGACCUCACGCCGAUGUCUCAGAUGAAGCCUAUUAAAUCGCUGAAGCAUGCCGGCUUAACUGCAGUCUUCACCGGGCAAACUUGGCUUGACAGUGAGGAGGUGCAGGAGGAGGUGCAGGAGGAGGUACCAAGUGUCAAUAUGAUCUUGGCUGACAUUGACUCCCUGGUGCCAACCCACGAUGAAACUGGACGCCCCAUAGCAGAAUGGAAACGGCAGGUGAUGGUUCGGCAGCUCCAGGUCAGGAUGCAAGAUGAAAAGAAUAUGUUGAAUGGCUACAUGCCACUGGAUUCCUGGAAAUACUCCCAGACUCACAACGCCAUCUUAGGGCCCUUUGGUGAACUCCUAAAAGAGGAAGAUCUGAUUUACUUGCAGCAGCAAAUUGAGUCUGUUUCUCUGCAGAAACGUUGCCAGGCUUAUGAAUUAGAGUUGACCAGGCUAACCGAGGAGUUAAAGGCAAUCUUACCUGAUCCUAUCGUCAAUAUUUCCCUCAACAAGGAUAUUCUACAAAGAAUGGACUCUGGGGGAAAAAUCCCCUUGGCUCUACCCAUCUGGUGUGAUCGUGUCUCAGAGAUUGUCAAGAAUAUGUCUCUGCUGGUGGCCAAUCUGACUAAAACUCAGAGAAAAGAAACUGAGUGGGGGUCGGUGGGAGGAAUGGUUGAAGGGAUGAAGAGUUUGCAGGAAAAUAUAAUUGCCUCUGAAAUUGAUUUGGACUCAAGAUUGAUGCAAAAUAGUCAAGAAAAGGAGUCUGUACCUGUGGGGACAUCCAGUGGAUGUAGGAUACCUCAUAUUGGGAUGGCAUCUGCUUUCAGCCAUCGCUUGGAGAGCAGCAGCUGCAAUAGAGAAAAGAGAGAAAAGGUGGAGAGGGAGAUCCAGCAGUCUGGUGUGUCAGUAAAAAACCUUAGGUCCAACUUUGAAGGUCAGAUUGGAAGCAUUUACCCCUUUGCUGGGGUUGUACACGGAGCACAGCGGCUGAAGGGGAAGAAUUGGAUUGGACCAUCAGCAGGAAGCAGUGAUGAUGUGAACACACACCUUAGUCAUGGCGCCAUUAAAACUUGUGGAGCUGUGAUGGAGACCACCAGCUUAAGGAAAGAGCGGAUAGUUGUGUUAUUCCUGAGUCACUGGAAAAAGUCUGCAUAUGCCAUUUCAAUGAGAGCAGCAAGACAGAGACAAGAAAAACUUGCAGCAUCAGGGAAAGUGGCUACAGCUCAGCUGAAACAGAACCCCCACUCUCUGUUCCGGUUCUGCCAACAACGAGGUGCCGUGGACAAAAUCGUAAACUCCUGGAGGAAUAAGCUGGAGUACACUCCAAAAUCCCAUUUGGUUUCACAAAAUUCAUGUAACUCCCAUGUUACCUACUCCCCAGAGCAGUUCCUGCCAGAUAUGGAUGGAGUCGCAAUGAGUCACGACAGCUUGACCCUUGACCUCUUCAUGCUGGGUUAUUUCCACAUCUUAGAACAAGACCUGUCUGCUGAGGAGAGGAAGAUGAGACAUCUCCUCUGCUUUGAGGUUUUUGACCAUGUCAGCUUCUUCCCGUGGGAGAAGGUGCGGGAUUUCCACAAGGCUGUUCUCCAAGAAAUUCAGAGUAGGAGGCGGCAGUGGAGCGACGGCUUUGAAGACCUCAAAACUCAAUUCUUUGGUGAAUCGACAACGUGUCGCUGCCCAUCGUCAUUGGUGCCAGACUUUAAACCUGUACCCAAGGUUAUAGUCCAAAAUGCAACUCCAGAUGAGAGCGGCAGUGACACAGAAUUUUCCUGUUUCAAUAAUGAAGAUAUAUGUAAAUAUAUCGAUCGCAGUUUUGCUUUCUGGAAAGAGAAAGAGGCAGAACUGUUUGACUUUGAACACUGAGCUAAAAUUUGAUGGGGUUUUUUUGGGACAAAAUGAUAUUGAAGAGCUUGUUUUAAAAAAGAGAUGGAUCCUAAAUAAAACACUGAGAAAGCUUUGUUGAUGAACAGUUAUUGCAAACAAAAGUUACUGUCAAAAAACUUCAGUAUUUUGAAGUACCUUCACCAAUUCUGCAAAUAGAGAAAAUGCAUAUGAAUUUUAGAUUUU